AUGCACAAUGUUUCGAACAUUGGAAGCUCUUGGGAAAACAAUGUUCUCGAGGUCACUUUGGCUGCUGGGGAUAACGCUGUGGUUCAUGCUACCGUGAAGAAUGUCGGAACUGAAGCUUUGAACCUUCUGAGUUACGGAACACUCUUUGACUCGGCUCCGGUUCAAAAGAUCAAUGUUUAUGAAGGGGAAACCGCUGUCCCAUUCAAGGGAGUUCUUCGCUCCAUUCAACGCACCGAAUUAGUCCCUGAAGUUUUCCGUACUCUUGCAGCCGGUGAGACCUUCGAGACUACAUUCAACGCCGCCGAAGUUCACGACCUCUCCACUUCAAGCUAUACUUUUGUAGCCGAAGGUUCCAUUUCCGUCGCCCAAGUCGGAUCCACUGAGCUCACCGACGCCAUCAUCUUCAAAUCCAACACCCUCACCAUGAACGUCAAUGGCGAAGCCGCCAAAUCCGUCGCAAAAGCCAUCCCAACCUCCAUCGACCGACGAACCGUCCUUCAAUCCGGUUGUUCCACCACUCAGAAAUCCCAAACCACUCAAGCUCUCGCCUACUGUGCCUCCCUCGCAAAAGCCGCCUCAACAGCCGCUUCUUCAGGUUCAUCCUCCAAAUUCUCCGAAUACUUCAAGACCACCUCUUCCAGUACCCGCUCGGUCGUCGCUGCUCGUCUCUCCGCCGUCGCUAGCCAAUGUGGUUCCAUCUCCUCUGGCAGUACUAAAUAUUUCUGCACCGAUGUCUAUGGCUACUGUGAAUCCAACGUCCUCGCUUACACAAUUCCUUCAACCAAUGAAAUUGUUAACUGUCCUAUCUAUUACUCCGCCUUGCCCGCCAUUUCUGGCACUUGCCAUGCUCAGGAUAGAGCUACAACUACUCUUCAUGAGUUUACACAUGCUCCUGCUACGUAUAGUCCGGGUACCGCCGAUAACGGUUAUGGAUACGCGGCUGCUACUGCUUUGAGCAGUGCGAGAGCCGUCUUGAACGCGGAUAGUUAUGCGCUUUAUGCUAAUGCUAUCUACAAUGGAUGUUAA